GAAUCCUCUGAAGAGCAGGAUGAAGAUGAGGAGGAAAGCGACGAGAUAUCUCAGGAGCACGCGGAGGCAACGGAGGCGUCCCCUGCGUCCCCGCGGAAGGUUCGUGCUCGCGAGUGGGCCUUCGAAGACAAUUGGGAUGUGGAGGGGUUUGCAGCUGAAGUACCCGAGCCGGCGUUGGAUUUCCCCUUCGAGCUGGAUCCGUUCCAGAAGAGGGCUGUUCGAAGGGUGGAAAGGAGCGAGCACGUUAUGGUGGCAGCUCACACCUCCGCUGGCAAAACGGUGGUCGCAGAGUACGCCGUGGCCCAUGCGCUGCGGCGAGGAAUGCGGACCAUCUACACGUCCCCCAUCAAGGCGCUCUCCAACCAGAAGUUCCAAGAGUUUACCCGGCGUUUUGAGGGUAUCGGCUCGGUCGGCAUUGUAGGGAGCUCGGGCAGACCACAAAACAUCUGA